GCGUAAGAAAAUCGUACUUCGUCAGAUAUCAAAUCUAGAGAUUGAAUUUUUAUAAGUUUAUUGUCAACUUCCACUGUGACUGGCCUGAGUCAAAUCCACUCACAUCAGCAAAGUUUUCAAAUGGAUUCGGAUGACGAGUAUAUUGUACAACAAUUUAGCGAGGAUGGAGGAACUGACUCAAGUGAUGAAGAUGAAAUGGUCAUGAAAGAAUUUUUCCGGCAAUCAGGUUCUGUAUCAAAAAGAUCAUUAAAAGAUUUUGAGAGUGAAAUGGAAAACGAAGCAGACAUCCGUGUUGCAGCAUACCUAGAGAAAGAACAGUUUCGUGAUCCUUUAAAGCCUGAGAGUGAUAUAAAAGAAGAAAGAAAAUUUAGAGAUUACUUUGACACUGAUUCAGAAGAAGGAGAAACAGAAGAUCCAACGGUAGAGGCAAAAUCAAACAUGGAUUUAUUUUAUGACCCCCUAAUGGAUUCCAAAGAUGAACAAUUUGUUCAAAGACAAAGAGACAUGUACAGAACAAAGCUCAUGAAUCAAACCAAACCGAAACCUUUACCUAACAGUGAUGCAGUAUUGAAUUGCCCUGCAUGCUUCACCACCUUGUGCCAUGAUUGCCAAAGGUAUGAAACCAUCAAAACACAGUAUAGAGCUAUGUUCACGUUCCACUGUCAAGUAGACCUUGGGGAGGUCAUGAAAGUUCCUCUUCAAUCCCAAAAAAAUCGCGCCAAGAAGGUUUCGAUUCAGCCCGGUCAAGCUCAUUUCAGCGGUGAUGACGAUAGUUACCAUCCAGUAAGGUGUUCAGUAUGCAAUACGCACGUGGCUAUGCUCGAUAGCGAUGAGGUGUAUCAUUUUUUCAAUGUAGUAACGAGUCAUUGAAUAAACUCCUUUCUUUAGCAAGUAUACUGUUGAAGUAAGUGUGUAUAAGAAAAUCAAAGAAUCGUCGAGGACAAAAGUUUUGUGUAAUCGCCACACAUCAAAAGGGGAGGAGAGGAAGUCACAAUUUCUUUUCGUGGGAAAAGAAAAAAAAAUAACGGAAGGGUCAAUGGGCAACGGUUCACAUCCACACCCAAAAGUAAUAUUCCGCGCUGAACGAACGAAACAUGGGUUUUAACCAA